AUGCCCAGUGAUAAAUCAUGGGUUGUUAUUUUUAAAUGGCAAAUUUCUCAUUAUUUAAGUUAUGGUCUGGAAGGGAUGGGACUUCUAAAACAGCCACCGUGGGUUUUACAAGCCGAAGCUCAAAGCGCGUGGAGACCUGCUCUGGGCUGCAGGCAGGCCGGGGAGGAGGCAGAGCGCCAGCAGACAUCCGUUCUCUCGUGCAUUGAAUGUGAAUCCUGCUGUCUGGGUGACUGCUGGCGCGACUGUAUUUGUAAAUGUUAUUGCAGCACGUGCAGUGCUGUCCUACGUUUGAAGAGAAACACAGUUUCCUAG